GAAGAAAUGCUCACGCUGCUGGCAAACUGUCGUACAAAAUCGUGUCAAUGGAUAUGUAUUUGAACAUUUUAUGUACAUAAUAUAAAACAUACUGGACUAUUUAGACUUAGAGACUAUCUAUGGCGCAUUAGAUAGAAGAUGGAGCUGUACAAAUAUAGUUUUUUGUUGAUUUAAAGCUGCUGGUAUAGAAUGACUGGUGGGAGGAACAGUGUCAGUCCUGACCAAAAUGAUCUCAAAGCACAUCUUCGAGAUGGCAGCUUGGGAUCGGUGGGAAGCAAGAAAGCAUGGGAAGUGUCAAAAUCGAAUCCUACGACCCCUGGACUAAAUGGUGUUAAUGUUGUAAUACCCCAAGACAAUGUUAAUCCUAAAAAUACACUCAUAAACGGAUUUGUGCAUUCUAACGGAGGUAUUACUCAAAAUGGGAAAUCCAUCGUGCCUACUUCCCGACCAGGAACAGGGAACUCAAUGAAUCGCAAAUCAGCUUGGGAAAGGGCAGCUGAAGAAUAUGAACAAAGUCAGAUUAAGAAAAAAUUAGAAAAACACCAAAAGCCUGUAAUUGAAGAAGCAACACUCAUCCAUGACUCAAAAUGCUUUGAUGUACAAACCAUUCGAACUGUGUUUAAGUCCAAGAAGUUCAAAGAUCCAAGGCUAGAAAAAUUAUAUCAAAGAUACUUUUUUAAAUGGAAUCAAAAUAAUUUGACAGUAUUAAUGGCUUUACUGGCGUUCAUCUGCCUAGUAUUGAUAGUGUUUCAUUACGUAGGUGGUGCGAUAACUGUUAUCAAAGGAAUAAGUCUUGGAUUUAUUUUUAUACUUUUCAUUGUCAUGGAAGUCUUGUGCAAUAGAAACGCUUUUACUCAACUCCAAAUGAAUAUCAUGAAAUACGUUAUCAUGUCUAUGUUAGUCUGCAUGACAUUGCUAGCCACAAUUGACAAUGAUCCUCGUAGUGCAAGUGAAGGGGUCUGGUGUACAGUGUUUUUUGUAUAUAUGGUUUACACACUGGUUCCCUUAAGAAUGCGGCUGUCUGUGUUAGGGGGAAUCAUCCUUUCUGUGAUACAGGUCAUCUGCUCUGUGGCAAUGAACUACUCCGAUUCAUACUUAUGGAAACAGGUUUUAGCGAAUGUGUUAAUCUUUACUGCCGUGAAUCUAGCAGGAGUUUUCACACACUACCCCACCGAAGUCGCUCAAAGGCAGGCUUUCUUAGAGACUCGUAGAUGUAUUGAAGCAAGAAUGAAGUGUCAGCGGGAGAAUCAGCAGCAGGAGCGUUUGUUGUUAUCUGUGUUGCCACGUCACGUUGCUAUGGAGAUGAAGAGUGACAUCGCUGGGAAACCAAAAGACACCAUGUUCCAUAAAAUCUAUAUUCAACGUCACGACAAUGUUAGUAUCCUGUUCGCUGACAUCUGUGGUUUCACGUCUCUCUCAUCAACAUGUACUGCACAAGAGCUUGUUCAACUGCUAAACGAGCUGUUUGCUCGCUUCGAUAAACUGGCAUCCGACAAUCACUGCCUUCGGAUAAAAAUCCUCGGAGAUUGUUAUUACUGUGUUAGUGGUAUACCCGAAGCUCGUUCAGAUCACGCUCAAUGCUGCAUAGAGAUGGGGUUAGACAUGAUUGAAGCAAUUGCGAUGGUGAGAGACAUAACUUGUGUUGAUGUAAACAUGCGUGUAGGGAUACACUCUGGGAGAGUGCAUUGCGGUGUUCUGGGCCUAAGAAAAUGGCAGUUUGAUGUCUGGUCUAACGAUGUGACACUGGCAAAUACAAUGGAGUCUGGAGGCCUGCCUGGGCGUGUCCACAUUACGGCAACAACUGCAUCAUGUCUCGGAGGAGAGUAUGCUGUUGAAGAUGGGCAUGGUGGGGAUAGAAACGCAUAUUUACGUGAUAAUCAAAUAGCGACAUAUCUUAUCGUAGAUGAAGGCCAAAGAGCCAAGAAGGUGAAGAUCGAGAAGAAACAAUCCAAUACCAACCAGAAAGAGGCAAAAAUGAUGAAAAUGAUGGGAAUGGAGGACCAGCAAAAUGGGAACAAGAAAUUAGGUUUUGGUGAGGACUCUGGAAACAGGGAUCCUGAAGAUGAAGUGAAUGAAUAUCUUGGACGUGCAAUUGAUGCAAGAAGCGUCGACAGGCUCCGUCUUGAGCAUGUUAAACCAUUUUUUCUCACAUUCCGAUCAAAAAAUCUGGAGGAAAAGUAUUCAAAAGUGCGAGACUCAAUGUUCAAGUCUCAUAUGGCUUGUGCCCUCAUAGUUUGCUGUCUAGUCUGUCUAACACAGAUAGUCAUCAUUCCUGGGUCAGCUGUUAUGGCGGGAAUAUUUCCCAUAUGUGCGGUGCUGCUUAUAAUCUUAUUUUUAAUUGUCAUAGCUGAAAAUUUUGGGUGUACCCCAAAAAGUUUACGAAGUAUUUCUACGAAGAUUGCCAUAAGUCGACCUGUGAGUCAACUAGUUGCUGCCUUCGCUGUUAUAGUUAUAUAUGCUGCUUCAUUUUGCUCAAUGUUUUCCUUAGAUACCACUGACAUAAGGACUUGCCUUGCCGAAGAGUUUAAAAUCACCCCUCUUGAGGUGAAUAUCACCCAUUUAUACUGGAAGGGACUGGUGUAUGGAGACGAGACCAAUCUCUGCAAUCUCACACCAACUUCACAUUUUCCAGAGUACUUUACAUUCUGUGUACUGUUGACCAUGGUUACAAGUGCAGUGUACCUGCAGGCCAGCAGUGUCUUGAAGCUUGUGCUCCUCGCUAUCAUAUCAGGCAUCUAUCUCAUCUUUGUCCUCGUCACACACGUCAACCUCUUUGAUAACAGGGAUCUCAUCCUACGGGCACAUGUUGAGAAAAGUCUCCAUGACCCCAGCAGUACAAUAGAGCUGAAAUGGGCCACACUGGUUGUAUUAAUGGUAUAUACGCUAGUCCUCUUUAUACAUGCACAGCAAGUUGAAUCUACAGCAAGGUUGGAUUUCCUCUGGAAAUUACAGGCAACUGAUGAGAAAGAGGAGAUGGAGAGCCUGAGGGCCUAUAACAUGAGACUGGUCUGUAACAUUCUCCCACAGCAUGUAGCUGAACAUUUCCUCAAAAGUGAGAGUAAAAAAGAUGAGGACCUCUACCACGAGGACUGUGAGAACGUGUGUGUGAUGUUUGCAUCAGUUUGUAAUUUCUCAGAUUUCUACAUUGAACUGGAAGGCAAUAACGAGGGAGUGGAAUGUCUGAGACUUCUCAAUGAAAUUAUUGCAGACUUCGAUGAGAUAUUACAAAAUCCGAAGUUCAAAUGCAUAGAAAAGAUCAAAACUAUUGGUUCCACCUAUAUGGCAGCUUCUGGACUAACAAAAGAGACAAACAGUGCUAACUUUGACCAUGUUGUUGCUAUGGCAGAGUAUGCUAUGGCAUUACAAGUCCAACUAGAGGAUGUCAAUGAGCACUCAUUUAACAACUUUAAGUUAAGAGUUGGCUUGAACGUUGGCUCUCUGAUAGCAGGAGUAAUAGGAGCCCGUAAGCCUCAGUUUGACAUUUGGGGGAAUGCAGUGAAUGUUGCUAGUCGAAUGGAGAGUACAGGGAAGCCAGACACCAUACAGCUCACCCAAGAAGUGCACAAUAUCCUCUCACCAAGAGGAUUUGUAUUUGAAUGUCGAGGGAUGGUGCGCGUUAAAGGCAAGGGAGACAUGCUGACAUAUUUCAUGCUCGGCAAACAGGGGCAAACAGAUAAAUUACUGAAAACCUGACAGCGAUGUUGUGACACUUAGAAAAUGCUUAAUAAUCUGAAGAUUACAUGUAGUGUAUGUAAAAUCUCUUCUCAGGAUUUGGUGUACAUGGUCUAUGGACUUGUAUUAAUCCAAUAUUAAAUGCCUUGUUAAGCUGGUUGCCAUUUGGUGAAUCAAGAAGGCAUGUUAUGCUACAAGGAAGAGCAUGUUGUGGAAAUAAUAGCAUGUUACCAUUCUGAUACUCAAAGCAUCGCAGUGCCUGUUGCAUCGUGGGAG